AUGGUGGACAUCAGCGAGUGCUCGCCGGUGCCCGAGUCCGUGCCGGCGCACCCGGACCCCGCGUCCGUCUCCCCGGACGCGUGGCGGCGCUUCGAGACCGCCGCGCUCGCCGUGGUCAACAAGAUCCAGCCCACCGCCGCCUCCGAACAACUCCGCGCCGCCGUCAUCGAGUACGUCCAGCGCCUCUUCUGGUUCCAAGCCCGGUAUCAGGUCUUUCCAUUUGGAUCUGUUCCAUUGAAAACAUAUCUUCCUGAUGGAGAUAUCGACUUGACAUUAUUCGGCCCUGCGAUUUCUGAUGAGAAUCUAGCAAAUGAAGUAUGUGCUAUUCUAAAAUUGGAAGAGCGAAGGAAAGAUUCUGAAUUUGAAGUCAAGGAUGUCCAUUAUGUCCCUGCUGAGGUCAAGCUGGUUAAAUGUUUGGUACAAAACAUUGUCGUAGACAUCUCAGUUAAUCAGAUUGGUGGGCUGUGCACACUAUGUUUUCUUGAGAAGGUCGAUCAAAACUUUGGAAAGAAUCACCUGUUUAAGAGAAGCAUAAUGCUUGUCAAAGACUGGUGCUAUUACGAAAGCCGUAUUCUUGGUGCCCAUCAUGGUCUAAUAUCCACAUAUGCUUUGGAGACUUUAGUUUUAUACAUUUUCCAUAUCUUCCACAAGUCUUUGGAUGGUCCAUUGGCUGUCCUCUAUAGAUUUCUUGACUAUUAUAGUAAAUUUGAUUGGGACAAUAAGGGGAUCAGCUUGUUUGGACCUGUUUCCUUAUCUUCACUACCUGAGCUAGUUACUGACCCACCAGAUACCCAAGAUGAUGAUUUUCUUCAACGAGAGGAGUUUCUAAAAGAAUGCACAGAGUCUUUUAGUGUUCUCCCUAGAAACUCUGAGACAAAUCCUAGAGUAUUCUCACGAAGAUUUCUAAAUAUAGUUGAUCCACUAAAGCAGAGUAAUAACCUUGGACGCAGUGUCAGUAAAGGAAACUUUUACCGGAUCAUGGCGCAUUUGAUUUUUGGUGCUCGUAAGCUUGGCAAGAUUCUUCAAGUGCCUUCUUGUCCUGUCAGUGAAGUCAAUCAGUUUUUCAGGAACACUCUAAAGAGAAACCGUACUGGUUUAAGGCCAGAUGUUUGGGUGAGCUCUUCUGAUCUUGUUACAAAUGAUCCUGUUUCAUCAGUCUUAGAUGCGGAAAGAGUCAACAAGGUUACGCCCAACAAUUCCUGCGAUGUUCUGUCUAAUCAGCUCAGUAACAUCAACAUUUCAGAUUCCAACAAUCAUGGCCCAGUAAAGCAAAAAGAAUGUAACUCUAUGGCUGACCACAAGGAGAUAAAAUCUGUUUCUUGGGGUUUGCUAGAUAGUGAUGCCACGAGUCACACAGCUACUGAUUCAGGUGGUGACUUCUCUGAAGCUUCACCAACACCUAGUGAAACCUGUACCUUGCAAUCAGAAACCGGGCAAGAAGUUUUAACAUCAGAUACACAACCUGGAGGUACCACCAAUGACACAGUGCCAAAUCUCACUGGAGAUUUCGAUACAAAUUUGCAUAAUCUUCUGUAUGCACGGGGUUUCCAUCAGGACAGUCCUACGACUCAGUUAUACUAUCCAAUGCCUAUGCCACCUCCCCUGCAAUAUCAGAACAUGCACCCAUCAAAUGGCCAUGGCAGAAAAAAUCUGUAUGGAUAUGCUAGUAGGAAUGGAGUCGUCCCUGGUCCUGUUUAUCCGCCUGGCUAUUUUGUGUAUAGGCCAUUGUAUCAAGCAGAUGAUCAUAUGGCUAUGAGGGCUCGUGGAACAGGCACCUACUUUCCUGACCCAAAUUUGCGCAAGGAAAGGCCACCUACUGGACGUGGGGAGAGAGGAAGGAAUCAUUCCCAUCAGAAUAAUUAUCAAAAGUUUCACCACCAUGCCCGACCGGAUAUACCUGUAGAUAUGAUACCUUUUGACGAAUUGAGGCAUGAGCCACCACUGCAGAUAUAUGCUCCUAGUGCAAAUGAUCAUGGAAUCCCAUCUCCAAUGAAUAUACCAAUACCAUCACCAUCUUCCCAGUCUCCAAGGGAUCCUUUGAAUGUACCAAUGCAUUCGCCAUCUUCCCAGGUUCGAAAGGAUAAUUUUCAUGGCAAUGGUUUUAUGCUCUCGCAAGACAGUAAACUUGAGUUUGGGACCUUGGGGGCGUUGCCAAGGGAAGUUGCCUCCAAAGAGCAUGCUAGCAGAUCAGGUUCUGCCUCCAACAAUCAAGGUUCUGGGCCUGUGACUGUGAGCCCCAUGUCUAUGGCGAAAAACACUGGAAUGGGUUCCAACGGAAUGAGGAAUGUUCAAGUUCAACCAUACCGUCUCAAGGACAGUGGUGACUUCCCGCCACUAUCCAGUUGA